CCAGUUUGUACGAUCGUGGAAAAGCUUCAGUUUUUUAGACAUUUCAUUUAUCGUGAAAAUGUCUGGGAAAUUCAAUGGAUUUACGCAAGAAGAUAUCAGCAGAUUAACCACAAGAGCUGUCUCUAGGCCAGCCGAGAGAAAUGUCCAUCAAAGUCGUAUCCGGAAGCUGGGAGAAGCAAAGCAGGUGAAGAGCAAUGGGCAUGAAGAGGUGCACCAGAAGAAUGAGAGUGACACAACGUUGGAGAGUACAAUUGAGCAGAUUGCGCAGAAUAUUCACUUCCAGCCACUUCCGGACACGCCAGAGAAGCAAUCAAGUAUUGAAGAGGAAGCACCCAAAGGGGAUGCUGAUCCGGCCAAACCAUCCCCGUUUAGGGGUGUAUCGUUGAGGGAAUUUGAGGCACAGCGGAAGUUGAUGGAGGAGCAUAACAAGCAAAAGCAGGACAUCCUCACCAAAGCAAUAGAGCAGCAUUCUGAACGUACAGCAGCUGAGACGAAGAAGUUGCAGGAAGUGAAGAAGGAACUAAAUAAGCUGGAUGCUGAACUUGCAACGGAUAUUGCGAUACUCAGGAAGCAAAUUGAAGCUGCCACAAUUCAGUAUACAAAUACGCAGAAGCAGUAUCAGCAAAUUGAGGCAAUGUUCCUCAAGGCAAAGAUGGAGCUGUAUCAGGCUUCAGAGAAGAAGGAACUCCUUACUGAGCAUUUGUGCACAAUUAUUGCCCACAAAGAGGAUCGAAAGGCAAAGAGAUUAACUGAAUUGAUGGAGAAAGUUGGACUCAAUCUUCCAGAUAAUCCUCCCUCGUAAUCCCUCCCUUCUUCCUUCCCCCAAAUAAAGAAAAUCUAACCAGAAGAGCUUCUCUAAGAAAAAAACAGAAACAUUCUAAUCCAGAUUUUAAGUAAAAUUAUAAUUACAUAAAUUAUUAAAUAAACAUUUUUUAUCACUCGUUUA